AUGUCCGGCAAAGCCUCGGGCUCACAACCUGCCAACGGAGAAGCAAAGCAACGAUCGCACCACGAUGGCAGCGCAGGCCGCGCAUACACCACCGAGCAAAAAGCGGCAGUAAUACGUAUAAAGCGGUGCGCACCAACAGCCUAUUACGAGAUCCUCGGUCUCGAAUCCGUCAAAGCGACGUGCUCGGACAGCGACAUCAAGAAGGCCUACCGCAAACUAUCGCUACUCACGCACCCGGAUAAGAAUGGAUACGAGGGCGCCGACGAGGCGUUCAAGUUGAUAUCCAAGGCUUUCCAGGUGCUCAGUGAUCCGGAGAAGAAGAAGAAGUUUGAUCAGUUUGGUGGGGAUCCGGAUGCGAGGUUUAACCCGGCCUCUGCGGGGGGUGGUGGUGGUGGUGGUAGUCCAUUUGGAAAUGGUUUUGGAGGGAGACAAGGAGGGCCGAUGUUCCAAGAAGAAAUGACACCGGAAGAGUUAUUCAGGCAAUUCUUUGGCGGUGGGUUUGGAGGAGGUCCAUUCGGCGGCUUCGAAACAGGCCCAGGCUUCGUCUUCAACCUCGGCGGCGGCCCCGGCGUCCGCGUCCACCAAUUCGGCGGCGGGCGCCCACGCAGACGACCGGCCACGGCCCACCACCCAGACUCAGAAGGCCAAUCCGCAUCCUCCGCCUUUGCCAACCUCCUCCCCCUCCUCUUCCUCUUCAUCCUGCCCCUCCUCUCCUCCCUCUUCUCCGGCUCCCCCACCACCGCCACCGGCCCCUCGCUCGCCUUUGAAACCCCCCGGCCCCCACAAACUCUCCAGCGCGUGUCCUCGCGGUUAGGCAUACACUACUUUGUCAACCCAAGUGACGUGCAGGAAUUCAGCACCAAGAAGUGGCGCAAGCUGGAUGACACGGCCGAGACGCAGUAUCUGCAGACGCUGAAUGCGCGGUGUAGGAAUGAGCAGUAUGCGCAGCGCAAGGCCAUGGAGGAUGCUCAGGGCUGGUUUGGCGUCGAUGCUGUGGCUAUGGAUGCGGCGAGGAAGAUGGAGUUGCGGAAUUGUCAGAAGUUGCAGAAGCUAAAUAUUCGGGUUUGA